CAGAAAUAGACCAUUUGAGAUUCGGUGGCUGACGAGCAGAAGAGGUCCAAAUUGGCCCAUUAGACCUGUACCAGAACCCCCCCUCCCAUCUAAGGUUCGCGCGAACGCGAAACUCCUUUUUGUAUAUCUCCUGGUUGUAUUCGGGACACACAAUUCCCAAGCAAGUGACUGGACAAGGCCGCUCGCUGCCAUGGGUUCGAUCCAAGGCCCCAGUGCAGGGCAUACUGCAGAGUCGAGCCGCAAGGUCAUUGUGGCGGGAGCCCAGCUGGGACCAAUCAAUGUCGAUACUCCGCGGGAAGAGGGGAUGAAUCGAAUGCUCAAGUUGAUGGACGACGCGCACCAGAAACAUGCCAAGUUGAUCGUAUAUCCCGAAAUCGCGCCCGUGACAUUCUUCCCUCGCCACAUCCUCGAGGGAGAUGAGCUGGAACAAUACUUCGAGCAGGAGGUGGACGGGGACGCGACAAAGUUGCCCAACCUGAAACCCCUCUUUGACCGAGCUCGACAGUACAAGAUGGACAUGUACCUGGGGUAUGCCGAACACGCCACAGAGUCGAGCGAAGGCAACCAUGUCCAUUACAACACGGCCGUCUAUUACUCGGGCGCGGCGGACAAGGUCAUUUCCAAGUACCGCAAAGUCCACCUCCCCGGCACAUUCGAGCCCUAUGAGCGGAAAGACGCGACCAACCAGCUGGAGAAGAGAUACUUCCUCCCAGGCAACUUGGGCUUCGAGGCGUUCCGGGCGCCAGGCUUGGUCCCUGGUGCGGUGAACCAGAAGUCGGGGGCCAAGGCCAACGCGCCUGACAGUCUGGGCAAAGGCGACCCCAUCAUCGGCAUGCUCAUCUGCAACGACCGCCGCUGGCCCGAGUCGUGGAGGCCGUACGGCCUGCAGGGCGCGGAGCUCGUUUUGUGUGGCUAUAACACGACCGCCUGGGCGCCGGAGCUGAUUGGGACGAACGAGAAGACGUCGACGCCGGAAAAGGCCAAGGCCGAGGCGCUGUUCCACAACAAGCUGUGCAUCACGUACAACAGCUACGCCAACGCCUGCUUCAGCAUCAACGUGGCCAAAUGCGGCGUGGAGGACGGCAAGUACCCGUUGAUCGGCGGGAGUUGCAUCGUCGACUGCGACGGCGAGGUGGUGGUCGAGGCGCAGACCGAGGACGACGAGCUCAUCGUGGCCGAGAUCGAUCUGGGCAUGUGCCGGCGAGGCAAGGAGAAGGUGUUUGCCUUUGAGCGCCACCGCAGGACCGAGCAUUACGGGCGCAUCGUGGGACAGACGGGAGUCGUUGAACCGGACCUGUUGUGAGCCUUGGAGGGAAGCAGACAUUGAAGCAGGUGAGAUGCGAAUGAUCGGGCUGAGGGCUUUGAGAAUAUGCGUCGAGGGUUGGGUUGAGGUGAUGUCCAUGUCCCUGUGAGGGUCAACAUGAUGCCCAGUAAAGUUCCAUACAGCCUAAACUUUUGGGUAGCCAUCUUUGCCGCCAAAGCAAAGCAAUGCACAAAAUAUCGUCUUCAAACAU